UCUGAACCGCGCCGGGCCCCCCGCGCUGCCCCGCGCCCGGCCGCCCGAGAUGUGUGACAGGAGCCGUGUGGCCUCCACCCUCCGCUAUUGCAUGACAGUCGGUGGCACAGUGGUUCUGGUGGCCGGGACACUCUGCUUCGCUUGGUGGAGCGAAGGGGAUGCAGAUGCCCAACCUGGCCAGCUGGUCCUACCCACUCAGCACCCCAUGCCUGAGGCCACCAGGCCCCUGCUCAGGUCGGUCAGCUUCUUCUGCUGCGGUGCAGGUGGACUACUGCUGCUCUUCGGCCUGCUGUGGUCCAUCAAGGCCAACACCCGGGGGCCACCCCGAUGGGAUCCAUACCACAUCUCCAGAGACCUUUACUACCUCACCGUGGAGUCAUCAGAGAAGGACAGCUGCAGGACCCAGAAGGCGGUUGCCAUCCCCACUUACGAGGAGGCUGUGUGCUGCCCACUGGCUGAGGGGCCCCCAACACCAUCUGUGCACCCCAUGGCAGGAGACCUGAAGUGCCAUGGCCCAGAGGAUGCCCUGCUUGUGUGCCAGCCCCUCUCACCUCCGCCCAGCUACGAGAGCAUCGUCCUGUCUCUUGAUACCAUUUCUGGAGAAACAGCGCCUCGUGCUGAAUCCUCCUGCCCAGGCCUGGUUCAAACUGCAGGGAGAGGAAGUUAA